CGCCUCUGAUAGAAAUUCUUUCACCCAAGAAGGUUUUCCCCAUGCUUAAUAUGCUUUGCAAACGCAAUGCAAUAUUCAUCUGCUGUGGCUCAGGGAAACAAGAGUGUGGCAUGGAUUUACUGCUACCCCUCUGCUUCCAAUCAGGUGUCAGCCAUGUACCCUUCUCCAAGGUCUUUGGUCUCUAUAUGUACAUUAGCAGAGAGAGCAGGCAAAGCCCGUGCCCCUCCCCCGCCUGCUCCUUCCCAGGAAAAGCUGGGCCUUGCUGAGAUAAAACAGCCAUUAGACCCCGUCUGGCUUAAAUCACAAACCCCCAAAAUCACAAUUCAGCACAAUUGAGUAAACUGAUGUCCUUUAUUAAAAUACAGGCCUGGGAGGACAAAGCCUAGAGUGGACAGCGACUAAAUUAUUCUCCCAGCCAGAUAAGUGAUCCCUUUAAGUCCAGGCUUUAAGUUCACCAGUGGGGAGAUGGCAAGGGAACGGUCCCCAUGUGAAGAGUGCCUCAUCUAAAGGCAGAUAAAUCUUCUGAGCUCUGCAGGGAGCCCAGGUGCCAUGGGGUAUUUUAUCAUCCCUCUAUAAACCAAGCGCGGUGUCCGUGCCUUUUAUAAUGAGCACAAGGACACGAAGACAGAGCGGCUGGCUGCAUAUGCAUCAUGUAAAUCUAUCAAUUUCAUUGCCAAAUUUGAACAAUUCCACAAAGGUCAGUUUGUGCGGCACACACGCCGGCUUUGCUGUAUUUACAGACAUGGAGAACUACCCUUUUGCUGUUUGUCUGCCGCCCGGCGUAUUGAAAGAGGAUUUUGCUGCAUAUUGUCAAAUGUAUUUAAACAUGCAGCCACUCCAGAAUACAUGUGAAAGGCUUAUCUGACAUUAUUUCUAAGCUUAGAGGAAAUGAGAUGGCAAGUGAGGGGGCAACGUCUGAAAACAAUCUCCCUCCCUCCCUCUUUAUAUCUUUUUCUCUUCUCCUGUGAGUCUACCUUAACAUCCAAGGCAAAUUCCGGUGAAUUCUGUUCCUUCAAAGUAUUGUUGUUGUUGUUAUUGCUAUUAUUAUGCACUUUAUUCAUUCAGCAGAGUCAAAUGGUGAAGCUUGUCCUGGGCGGUAUUAACAGCGACAUUUAAUGUGUUUGAAUGCUCCUCUCGAAAAAUAGCUCCCUGCCCUGCGCAUAGAAAAACAACAUCUCAGGAAGAUGAGGUCCAGCCCUUCUCCCUGCACUGCUAGUUGCCAUACGUCCUGAUUUUCCUGGACAUAUCUGGAACACUGCC